UUGCCACCGAAACAUAAUUCAAACCGUUGAUAUUACGCGCCGUCGGCGACCAAGAAGAUGUACCCGAAUGCUGGCAUCAAUGCGGCUGCGGUUGCGGCCCGCCAUCCGGGUCCGCCACAGUCAGCACAACCGUUCAAAUUCACCAUAACAGAAAACUGUGAUAGGAUAAAGGAAGAGUUCAACUUUCUUCAGGCACAAUACCACAACCUCAAAAUGGAAUGUGAGAAAUUAGCUCAGGAAAAAACGGAAAUGCAACGACAUUACGUAAUGUACUACGAGAUGUCCUACGGUCUCAACGUGGAAAUGCACAAACAGACGGAAAUUUCUAAACGGCUAAACGCUAUCAUCACCCAGAUCGUCCCGUUUCUGUCCCAGGAGCACCAGCAGCAGGUGCUAACGGCGGUGGAACGUGCGAAGCAAAUUACCAUGUCCGAGCUGAACGCCGUCAUCGGGCAACAACAACGGCCGGAUCUACCUCGCCUGCUCCAGCAGAUGCACGCACAACAGAUACCGGGCGCCCACGGAGCGCCCCCGAUCCCGGUCGGAAUGCCACACCCUAGUCUUGGCCCGGGCGCCCUCGGUGGGCCGCUCGGGGCUCUCGGCGGUACGCCACCUCAGCACCCGCUAGCGAUCCUCAACAAGCAGGAACUCCACCGGCCGGAAGAGUCGAAGAGCAGCAAUAGCAACAUCAUGCCACUCGACGAUCGACACCGCAGCUCCAUCUCGCCGAACGAUCGUGACAAGUAUCGGCCCCGCACGCCCGAAUCGAGCCACGAGCUGAAGAAGGUCAAGAAGGAGGAGAAGGAUAUGGGACACUCGGAUGGAGAAAAGUCGGACCAGGACCUGGUUGUUGAUGAUGCCUCGGAGAUCAACCCGAUGAGCCCCAUGCCCAAUCAGCAUCACAAUGGAACGGCCUCUCCCCGGGAAAAUGGUAUGAUGCAGAAAAAGCUGGACGUGCAAGAUCGGGACCGCAUCGGAACACAUUCACCGCGAUCGGGAACCUCUUCGAACGCCUCCACCCCGUCGAACAAGAAGCUGGACGACAAACCGACGACCCCGAUCGCGAAACCGGCCACACCCACCAACUCGGUGGCAAGCAAUGGUGUGCCGAAAGUCGUCAACAAACCGCCAGUGCUGAACCCUGGCUACCCUCCGUACCUGGCCGGCCCUCUGAAUGGUGCACCGCACGAUCUGCAAGCAGCAGCGGCGGCGGCAGCAGCAUACGGUGGUCCCGGUGUGCACAACAAUCUGCCACACUCGCUCAACAACUAUGCCCGCGCACCGCUAGCGUUUGAUCCGCACGCCCAGAUGCGGGCCCCGCUCGGUCCCAUCGGGAUACCCGGUGGCAAGCCGGCGUAUUCCUUUCACGUGAACGCCGAAGGUCAGAUGCAACCGGUGCCAUUCCCGCAGGAUGCCCUCGUCGGUCCGGGCAUCCCUCGCCACGCACGCCAGAUAAGCUCGCUCAACCACGGUGAGGUGGUGUGCGCUGUGACGAUCUCGAACCCGACCAAAUACGUGUACACCGGUGGCAAGGGGUGCGUGAAGGCGUGGGACAUCUCGCAGCCUGGCAACAAGAACCCGGUGUCGCAGUUGGAUUGCCUGCAACGUGACAACUAUAUCCGCUCGGUGAAGCUACUACCGGACGGUCGGACGCUGAUCGUCGGCGGUGAGGCGUCGAACCUGUCGAUCUGGGAUCUGGCAAGCCCAACGCCCCGAAUCAAGGCCGAACUCACGUCGAACGCUCCCGCCUGUUACGCGCUCGCCAUUUCGCCCGACUCCAAGGUGUGCUUCUCGUGCUGCUCCGAUGGCCACAUUGCCGUGUGGGAUCUCCAGAACCAGACGCUGGUGCGACAGUUCCAAGGACACACGGACGGAGCGUCCUGCAUCGAUAUCAGUGCCGACGGGAACAAGCUGUGGACGGGUGGGCUAGACAACACGGUACGCUCCUGGGACCUGCGGGAAGGCCGGCAGCUGCAACAGCACGAUUUCAGCUCCCAAAUCUUCUCCCUCGGUUACUGCCCCACCGGGGACUGGUUGGCCGUUGGCAUGGAGAACUCGAAUGUGGAGGUACUGCACGCCACGAAACCGGACAAGUACCAGCUGCACUUGCACGAGAGUUGCGUGCUCAGCUUGAAGUUUGCCGCCUGCGGCAAGUGGUUCGUCUCGACCGGCAAGGACAACCUGCUGAACGCGUGGAGGACACCGUACGGUGCAUCGAUUUUCCAGUCGAAGGAAUCAUCCUCCGUGCUGAGCUGUGAUAUCUCCGCCGAUGACAAGUACAUCGUGACGGGGUCCGGAGACAAGAAGGCCACCGUUUACGAAGUCAUCUACUAAAGCCACCACUCACCGGAGGACUAUAAGGAAGAGAACCGGAACCGAAAUGGAAACGCACUCACACACACCCACACAUGUACAUUUGAUAGUGCUUGUUCGGUGGAAGGUGAUAAGUUCUUGGCACCAAUCGCGAUCACCCCCCAAAACGUUCGUGUGCGCUUGACUGAACCGUGAAUCUCCCCGAGGAAUCUUGCAGCGAUGAAGAUGAAGCAACGUAGAAGAGGGAACAAAAAUGAAUAGAAAGAGAGUUUCAAAGUCCGGGCGGCUACAAGGCGAUCGAGAAAAGGAAAGAAAGAAGAACACACCAACCAAGGCGAGCGCAAGCCAAUCGGCGGUCGGUUGACAAGAAAUGUAAAAAGUUAGUUCAUAAAUAGUUGGUUAGGAAGGUUGGCGCGACUACAGCGACGAGACAAACGAAGCAAAGGCACACUGCAAACAGUGUUUGUACAGAACUUGAAUGAACAUACACAGACACACAAAGGGGACUAUAGAAGGACGCAGCUAAAGGAAGCGAUUUUUUAGAGAGAAAAACGGAAUGAAAAAGUGGGCGAAAGAAAACAAACGCAAAUGCUAAAUAUUUGUAGAGUUAACGCGAGCAGCGAGAAUCGCAAACAGAAACCGCUUAUUUGCAUGAAAACCUGGCGCCAAAUUUGAAUCACGCGCCGUAAAAUUACUUUCCCGUAGGAGGUUAAAGCUUAAAAACACACGAAAAUGCAAGGCGGUCGCCUUCGAAGCUAUUAUUUUGCUUCCACCGGUUCCGAAGGGCGGUUUUGGUUCUUUGUUUUCUGUAGGCUGAAUGGUACAAUAAUCGUAUGCCCCAACGGAUUCAUUCAAUUCAUUACUUUCGGUUAGAGGUUAGGUUUCGAGCGCAAAGCCGUGAGACGUGAUUUUGGGGUAUUCUAGGGGCGCGCGCGCUGGCACAACGUGUCCGGCGAUGGUCGCUUUAGACUGAUAGGAACAUGUUUUCUUUUCCUUUUUGUUUUGUUACAUUAGUAAGGACGAGUCGUUCAAAAUGGCCGGGUUUUGUUCGCCACCGCCACAUAUCCCGAGUAUGGACCGAUGAAAACAGAGUAAGAGUAAGCAAGGACGUGGCGUGGACUGUUUGUUUCUGACCUAUGCCCUCCUCCUUCUGGUGGCCCGCUUUUCGUCAGUUCUUCCUUUUAGUACAGAAUAGUAUAGCUUUACGUGAACGGAUUAGUAUUGUGGUGGGUUUGGAAUGACACCACACUGACGAAGUUGCGAAAGUGCGCCCUCCAGGGGUGUCGUCGAUACACGUUGUACAAGAUGAAAUACUGAAACAAGGGCAGAAUCCCCAUUGAACUCCUUUUUUUCGCUAAGUCUUAAAUCUGUAUGAUGAAGUACGAAAGUGUAGCUUUCUCCCAGAAGCUGUUAAAUGGAAUUAUUAAAAGAGAGC